AAAAAGGGCAUUAUAGUAAAAGAAAGUGACAACAUUGCAGAGCACAAAUAAAAAGGCCAUAGCUUCCAGAAUCAGCGCCUAGACACGGUUCCCAUGCUUCCUUAGCAUUGUUAACUCCGCUCCGCUCGUGAGAGAGAGAGAGUAGUUGCAUGGCUCUUUUUACAUGACAAGCAACCAAAGAACUCUAUUCUAAUCUAAUAUAUAUAAAACUCUCUUUGUAGAAAAUAGAGAGAGAGACCCAUCUCCUUCUUUCUCUUUCGUUCUUGCUUAAUUUCCCUUUUGUUCUGUUCUGCUCUCUUUCUAGGCAAUGGGUGGAUCUUAUCAUAAGGGGAAUAGCAACAGUAAUGGUGGUGGGCAUAGCCAUAGAGAUCAUAGUCAUAGAGGGAAGCCAUACGGGUUGAUGUUUCUGCUGGCAUUUGGGGCUGCAUUGCUUGGUGUCAUGGUCCUUCAUAAACUCAGAGAGAGGCGCAUCUUCAACCUUCUUGUUCAUGAGAAAGACCAAGAACUCAUUUCUUUUCAGCUCCUCUUGCAGAAGGAAAAAGACUACUCCAAAGAAAUGAAAAGGAAGAAUGAAGAGAUGAAAGCAAAGAUAUACUCCCUUAGAAACCAAAAGAUGGAGCUUGACAGAAGGAUUCUAGAGAAGCAAACUACUAUUGAUUCACUAAAAGAUGAAAAGAGAACCAUGGAGUCUGCACUCGAGGAGAAGCAGAAUGAGUUCAAAAUGUUAAGAGAGAAAAAGAUUGAUCCAGCAAAAGAAAAUCCUCAAUUGAUAACUCUAAUGGAAAGCUUGAAGCAGAAGGAGGCCGAAAUCGAGGAUUUGAAACAACGUCUUGAGUACCCAGUUAAGGUUUGGUCAGUAAGUACUGAUGACCCAUCAAGCCCACCUGUGAAUUUAACUGUGAAUGGAAGUGUGGCAGGACAAGAUCAAAGUGAGGUCAUUAUGAGUAAUAAAGAGGGUGAGCAACUACAAGAAUCCAGUAUUUACAUGCACGAUGAAAAUUCAACAAGUGAAGAUGGAAAUAAACUUAAAUCGAACAAUUUUAGAGAGGCUGGGAGUAUAGUAAGAGUUGAAGAAGGAACUGAAAAUAAAGCAGAAGAUACUAUGAGGGAGAUGAUGAGAGAACAGAUGCAAAAACUAGAAAAUUUGCAAGAUGAAGGUCUUAAAAAUGGAAGCUAUGUUAUUGAGAAGCCUAUUGAAGAGGUUCAAGGAAAUAAAAAUGAAGAUUCUCACAAUGGGGGUGAUUUUGGCAUUGGCAAAAGAGAUGAUGAGAUGAAAGUAAUGGGAAAACUUGAAAAUUCUCAAGAACAUGACCAUCAGGAACUUGAUGAGAUUCAUAAGGAUGAGAGAAAAUUAGAAGAACCGGAGAAUUCUAGCAUUGGUAGAAUUUCUAGAAUGAGAGGGAAACAUGGCCAUUCUAGUAAAACAAAGGGAAAGAAAUGGAGAACGCUUGUCAAGAAUAGGUGGUUGGAGAACAAUGGGAAUUCGAUAAAUGAUAAAGCAGUGAGAAUGAAAAGUAGAAAAUUUUUUAUAGGGGAUCAAGAUGGAUUGAAGGGAAGAACUACUGAGAACAAGGAUAAAAUGGAAAGAGAGGGAGGAGAGAUGGGUGUUAAUGACCCAAUGGAAGUAAGAAACGCUGCUGAUUCUUCAGAUGGAAAAGAUCUGAAUAGCAAUCUUGUUUAUGCUGAUACAAAUCAUCAGGAGGUAAAUGGACAAGAAAUGUUGGAAAAUCCCCAUAAUUUUCAAAAAGAAGUUCAGCUUCUGAAAAAUGGAACUGCCAAUGGUGAUGUGAGCAACAUUAUAUUGGAUGAUAGAAAGCAGAAACUAGACAAAGUGAGAGAGUCAUCAGAAGAGCAUGAAGCCAGUGGCAUUCAACAAGACACAAGCAGCGGAAAUAUCAAUGAAGUAGAUAAAGAUACAGAACAAACAAGCAUCGACGAGACAACUGAAGUUCCAGAAGAUUUGGAGGAUGGCAAUGUUCAAGAAUCAGAAGAAGGAGAAGAUGGUUUGGAAGAUGUAGAAGAAGAAGAAGAAGAAGAAUACAAAGAAGACACAGAUGAGUCUUGAGUUUUAGCUGAUAAACAAGUUUUAAGUCUUGUGUUUGUUAUAGAACUGUUAAAAGUUUCUGCGUAUAUGUCUGUUAGAGCAAUUUAAGUUAUGUUUGCUUAAAAUGAUUGUAACUAAAUGGACCAAGAAGGUGACUUCCAAACAGAUGUUAUCAAGAAAAAUAAUCCCCAGAAAUAAUUAGAUUAAUAGCCCCUUAGAGACAUGCGGACAUGAAUUGCACCUAAAAUUUAAAUUUGCCAGAGUUCGAA